ACAUCUUUUCAGAGUACACAAGAAGACCGUGACAGUGCGAUAUGUACUCUUCAUCUGAGUAUAGAUGGCGUCCAGUAUGUCAAGCACGGUCCGAGUACACGAAACAUGGGCGAACAGGAGUCACUAGAUAUUUCGAGCAGUAUUUUGAUGGACCGAUCCGAGUCAACGAGAUGGUUACUUCGUGUAUGCCGUUGUAUAAGCACGAUGGCACGAGAAUUGAGUAUCUGGUGCGCCCAGAGCGUUGGACGAUGAGUAGUACAGUUUAUAUCUGGGUAGGCAGUGCGGCUUUCGACGUCGCGCUACGCUCAAGACGAUUCAUAACUUGUGACUUGAAAUUAUGUACGAGUGAUUUGUACGAUAUGCUAAGUGAAUCGUCACAAUUAUGUUGCAAGAAGUCUUCAUACCCAACAAGCUGUGUCAGACUUGUGAAAGUCGUCCACAAUAUCAAACGUCACUCUGGAAGAAUAGUACCAUAAGCGCUGCCAAGUCGAGUAGUAUCAAAGUAUCAUGCAUCACGAAGGAAAUCUGCAUUUGACGACAAGAAUUACUAGCCAUGCCCGCUAUGCAAUGUAUUGGCGCCCUCUCAUUCUCUCCUCAAUCCACUUGCCACACCACCUGUUAGGAUG